CGACUGAGAGUUGUCACAAAACACGGCAGUUGACUAAGGAAAUAACGUUCCACUCCUGCGACAAUCCCCGCGAAGCCCCUUAGCUUUCUUUUCCAUCAUAUUACGAAACCGACGACUCAGUCUUUACUUUCUUGUCUUUCUAUUCUUCUUGCUUGUCAUCUUUGAUGCUGUAAAAAAAAAAAGUCUUUCUUUAAUAUUAGUUCCAGCCUAAAGCUUGUAGUGUUGUGAGAGACAGAGAAAGAGAUAUAUAGGGGGACCUUUUCUUCUAGUCAAGAAAAGAGAGAGAGAGAGAGAUAAAUUUUCAAGGGUUGAACGAGGCAAUAUUGCCCAUUUGAAAAGUUCUAGAUACCCAAUAGCUAGCAAAGUAGGAAGUAAUCAAUUGCAGGUACAGAACUUCUCUUUGAAGUUUGAAUCCUUGAAAGCCGGAAACAGGUACAAGAAUAAGUUCAUCAUCUUUGUUAUUGUCAGAACAGAAUAAAAAUCCAGCAGGUUUUGUUUUUUAAGUUCUUCUGAUGGGGAAUUGCUGGGGUUCUCCAGCUACUAAUCCUACAGCUAAUACCACUGGUCAAGUCAGUUCAGCCGGAUUGUCUCAAACAACUAGCAACACAACUUCUUCUGGUGGGAGCAACACAACAUCUUCUCGGAGCACCAAUACAGCAUCUUCUCAGGGCAGCAACAUCUCUGGGAACAGCCGAUUUUCUGGGGGAAGUGGUGAUGAGGCCUUUCCCAAUGGGCAGAUAUUGCCCACCCCCAACUUGAAGGUAUUCACCUUUCAAGAACUGAAGGCUGCCACCAAGAAUUUCAGAUCGGAUACAGUCCUUGGAGAGGGAGGUUUUGGUAAAGUCUUCAAAGGUUGGCUUGAUGAGAAGGGCUCAGGAAAGCCUGGAAGUGGAACUGUAAUAGCUGUCAAAAAAUUGAAUUCUGAGAGCUUGCAAGGAUUUGAAGAAUGGCAGUCCGAGGUACACUUCUUGGGAAGGCUUUCUCAUCCUAAUCUUGUAAGGCUGUUAGGAUACUGUUGGGAGGACAAGGAGCUUCUACUCGUUUAUGAGUUUAUGCAAAAGGGAAGCUUAGAAAACCAUCUAUUUGGAAGGGGCUCAACUGUUCAGCCACUUCCAUGGGACAUACGAAUCAAAAUUGCUAUAGGAGCAGCCCGAGGCCUUGCUUUCUUGCACACAUCAGACAAGCAAGUGAUUUACAGAGAUUUUAAAGCCUCGAACAUAUUGCUUGAUGGGUCUUACACAGCCAAGAUUUCAGACUUCGGUUUAGCAAAACUAGGGCCUUCAGCUAGUCAAUCUCACGUGACAACAAGGGUGAUGGGCACAUAUGGUUAUGCUGCUCCUGAAUAUGUGGCAACAGGACAUCUAUAUGUAAAAAGUGAUGUGUACGGAUUUGGUGUUGUCCUGGCUGAGAUUUUGACGGGCUUACAUGCACUUGAUACAAACCGGCCAAGUGGGCGACAUAAUCUGGUGGAAUGGAUCAAACCAUAUUUAUACGAUAAGAGAAAGUUAAAGACCAUUAUGGACUCACGGUUAGAGGGGAGAUAUCCUUCAAAACCAGCAUUCCGAAUAGCUCAACUUGCUUUAAAUUGCAUAGAGUCUGAGCCCAAGCAUAGACCAUCAAUGAAAGAAGUUGUGGAGACAUUAGAAAGGAUUGAAGGAAGCAAUGAAAAAUCGAUAGAGCCUAGAGUUCGUCCGAGCCGUCCUAGGACACACCAACAUGGUCAGCAACCUUUGCAACAUCGUUCUCCACUUCAUCUAAGACAGGAUGGAAAUCGAGCGUAUCAACAAUCUCCUCGAGUGAGGUAACUUGGACACAACUGUUGCUAGUAAGCAUAUUUCCUUGAGAUUGGGCUUACAGUUACUAUAUUUAUUUAAGUACUAAUCUAAAAUUUGUAACGAGUUUGUUGUUGUAAUGGUAACUUGUAAGGAGCAUUAGUAUAUUAGGACGAAUCAGUAAUUAUUUUACUAGAUAUGAAGAAUUGUAAGAAGGAUAUGUGCAGGGUAUUUGUACUAUUGUAAGAGGGGAAACUUCUUUCUUCCUUCUGUCAAAUUCUAGGGGGAUGAAUAUCCAUGUUAGGACAGGGAUAAAAGGAAAUUCUUUUUUUCUUUUGGACGAGCAUGUAUAAAUUUUUUUUUUUUUUUGCGUUGUAUUAAACUGAAAAAGUGGUGGCUUCUUGACUUGAUUUAAUGUGGUGAAGAAAAUUGUGUGCCUUAGGCUCAACAAUGGUACUGCUUGCACAUAACAAAGGCAUAAAAUCGCUCUUGUUUGUAAUCUAGUAGAGUAGUUGGAGUAAAAGUUUUCUGGGUUUGGAAAAACUGUUCCAACGGUGUCUGUAUUUUUCAAAUUUCAAUAUUUUAGAUUUCUUUUUGUUCUUUUUCGUUCAA